AUGUCUUGCUCUUCAGAGGAUUAUAAUGUCGGGACUUAUAUAGGACAUCGAAUAGGGGAGCUGGGAGUCCGUGACUACUUUGUCGUACCUGGAGAUACCAACUUGACCCUCCUCGAUGCCCUCCUAGAGAACCCACGUCUUCGAAUGGUAGAAUGCUGCAACGAACUGAACACGGGAUACGCUGCAGAUGGUUAUGCACGUGCAUCGGAGGGGAAAAUGGCAGUGGUUGUCAUCCCAUACAUAGUCGGCGGUCUAUCUAUCCUGAACGCCAUAUCGGGUGCUUGUUCGGAGCGACUCAAAGUUAUUGUCUUAUCGGGUUGUCCACCUACUAGCGUCUUAACUGGGAAUAAACCGACACACCACACACCGUCCCCGUCGAAUAAGGAUCAAGCUCUCCACGCCUUCCAAGGGGUGACAGCUGCAUCAGUUCGUACCAACUCUGCCGAAUCCGCGGUAGAUGUGAUUGAUAGUGCCAUAGUUAAAUGUAUUCGACAAUCACUGCCAGUAUACAUCGAAGUUCCAAACGACGUUGCCGGCACCCCAUGUCCUUUCCCGAUACCCUUAGCCCAGAAAGUUGAGCAAGCGACCCAGCCGAACAAAAAUAGCGAGGCAUUAGCAGCCGUAACGGAUCUGUGGAACUCUUCUCACAGACCAGUACUAUUACUCGGAAGUCAGGUACAAGUAUGGCUCUCCCGAAAUAUUGUCCAACGUCUUGCUGAGAAACUCGGCUGUGCGGUCUUGUGUCAACCAGACGGACGUUGCAUAUCGGAAUCCCACCCACAGCAUUGGGGCACCUUCUGGCCUAGCUUACUCAACCCCGAAGGGGAGAAGGUUGUCCUAAAUUCUGACCUUUGGCUAGCCAUAGGAGUCUCCUGGUCGGACUUACAUACCCCCUCCAUUGACUCAGAAAAUGAGAACCACCGUUUAAUCGCCCUUCAAUAUGACAGAGUUGAGCUACCAGGGGAUAAGGUGAUUGACCCGGUAACCGUUGGCGAGUUGGUCUCAGCAAUGAUCGACAGCAACAUUAUUCGCCGGACGGAAUAUCUUCCUAGUCCUAAGCCGAGCCAUCCCGCUAGCAUCCAGACCGAAGUCAAAACUUCCGAUGAUGCAUUAACAGUGCGAAGCUUGCUAUCAGGUAUCCAGAGUAUGAUGCUAGAGGGCUCCACAUUGGUUGCAGAUUCAGGCGACACAUGGUUUGCUUCCAGCCAUAUUGAAUUGCCAGAUGGGGUGGACCUCUAUAUGCAACUUCCCUAUGCAUCGAUCGGAUGGAGCGUGCCGGCCACCCUUGGCGUUCAAGUAGGUCGUCCUCAUGGUCGCACUGUUCUGAUGGUAGGUGAUGGUGCCUUUCAAAUGACUGCCCAAGAGAUAAGCACAAUGAUUCGAAUGAAACUGAAUCCAAUCAUCUUGUUGUUCAACAAUCUGGGAUACAAGACCGAGACUGCGGUACAUGAUGGUCCAUAUAACUAUAUCGCUAAUUGGGAUUAUACCAAGCUAGCCACCUCAUUCCUCGACAAGCCCCAUGCGCAGCCACCUAGCCCGUAUGAAACGGAGAGGCCAGAUAAUGAUGAUGAAAUACCUAUGUUUGCCGAGAAGGUCCAUACUCAGGCCGACCUCCUGCGGGCGAUAGACAGGGUCUCCACAGAGAGCGACAAACUUGCGUUCUUGGAGUGUUGUAUCCAGCCAGACGAUAUGACGCCAGAGCUGCAAGCGUUGGGAGAGAAGGUGUCGAAGGGGCUUUCGAAAUAA